AUGGUCGUAGUACUCUUAUCACUCUUAUCGACCCUGGCAACUGUCCCUCCAGCCUUGGCAGCGAUCACCCCUCUCGCAGAUGCUAACCCACCCUGGCGAGCCUUUCAUGGAGCAACCAUUAUCGAGACCUCAAUGGUCAUCUUUGGCGGCACAACAGACCCGACAACCGACCCCUACGGUGCCCUUGUCCCUGGAUCGAAUGAUCUCUGGGUCUGGAGCACCACCCUGCGGCAGUGGUCUCGACCGCAGACCCAGUUCCAGUCACCGACGACCAACGCCACUAGCACUAAUGCGCCCUCUCCACAAAAGUUUCUCGCCUCCUUCCCCGCCACGUCUCAGGGCAGGAUGAUGGCCUUUGUCAGCAACUCAACCACCCCGUCUCCCGCCUCGUCCACCUCCGAAGAUCUUCUAGUCCUCGACACCACGUUCUGGACCUGGUCCGUCCCUACUUCACCAAAUCCUGCCUUCACACCUUCCACACGGCUGGGCGCAGCGGUCGGCAUUUCGAAUAAUCAUGUCUACAUCCAUGGCGGAGCACCUACCUCGAACGGUUAUGCCUCCUCAGGGGUUUACAGCGACUUUACAAAGAUGGACGACAGCACAUUCGAGUAUUCACAGCUCGCCGGCGGACCCUCAUUGAUGUACCACUCCAUGUGCAAGCUGUCUGGACUCAACACAAUGAUCAUCUUUGGAGGCACUGACGGCACCUCAAGCGCCUUCAACAGCGUAUACACCUUCGACCUCGACAUGGAGGUUUGGGACGUCCAGCGCGUCGUCAACCCUGGAGUUGGAGGCGGCGUUCCCGCUGCCAAAAAGGGCCACACCGCGGUGUGCCUGAACAACACCAUGGUGGUUUAUGGGGGUGGAGCAGACCAACCGCUGGACGACGACGUAUGGGUCAUGGACGCCUCAGUUACGCCCUGGGUGUGGAACAGGAUGACAACAAACAAAAAAGUAGGACCUGGACCAAGAACAGGACAUUCCGCCUUAUUAAACGGGACAAACAUGCUGGUCUGGGGAGGCUAUGGCGCAGCCAUGGGCAGCGACGUCAAUGUCUAUAUUCUCGACACUACGUCCUGGACAUGGACCUCGUCUAAGGACGGCGCCUUGGGAUCGGCUGGUCCUAACAGGCAGCCCAGCAGUCCUGGCGAACCCAAUGAUGUCUCCAACAAAUCUAACAUGCCAAUGAUCAUCGGUAUCGUCUGUGGCAGUCUGGCGUUGAUUGCUGCGUUUGUCGGGUUCCUUGUCAUGAGAAGGAGAGGAUCCAGGAAGGUCCAGAAAGUGACAAAACAUUCACAGGAUAAUGCCAGUUACAUCUCAGACGCUGAGCAGCAUUUGGCUGGGGAUCUGAGUUUGGACGACAAACCCAGCUACUAUCAUCAUCAUGCAGGACGGGACUCGGGAUCAUCACUUGGAGGUUGGCCCAAUACAACUGCUCGCCGAUCCAUCCCUCCGCCGGCUCAGGGGAUUCCGAUGCGGCCCUUGGCCACACUGGUACCGCCAAUCCCUACAGUCACUCUAGAGACAGAAGAGGACAUUACAGACCAGGCCUGCUCAAGCCGAUCCUUAGAGCUUCAGUCUGCUCAACAUCAGCAACCCAACAGCCAGCGAACAUCUCUACGGGACAUUGAUCAAGCAUCACAACGUUCAAGCGCAAGGGUUGGCUCGAUCGGAUCAGAUCCAUACUACCCAGCUCAUCUGGCAGAGAAUGACGAGGAGGACGCCGAUAGGUGGACUUUUGCCUCCUCGCUAUCUUUUGACAAACGCGAGAAGACUGGACAAGUGCUUCCAUUGAGAUAUAUCCCUUCGCGAAGCUCAGGUGUCUCGGGCUUGAAUCGAUCUAUGGCACAGUCUACAGGAAGUCUCACGCCAAGUUUCCCAGCAAAUAGGAGUGUACGCAGAGAUGGCAGUGCCCCAUCGAUCCUAUCUCGCAAGGGAUCGGCGUUGGAUUCAGCCUCGAUCGCCAUGGCAGGAACACCGACUAUUACGCGGGAAGGGUCCAUCAGCCCUCGCGACACCUGCACGCUGUUCAACUCUGUCAGCCCUCUGGACAGAGUGAGUCUGAUGUGUUCAGGACUUGAGAUUGAGCCCGAGCCCGUGGUGGAGGAUGAAGCGGCAUCGACCAGAUCUUCUGCAUUCCUCGACCCAAGGAGCAGUAUUGUCAUUCCUCAUUGGCGUAGCUCUGGCAGCCUACAUCGGGAUAGCCUCUUGGAGCAAACUAUCAACGAGAGGGACGAGAUUGAGGCAACAACUACCACUCCAACAACUCAGCCUCAUAAACCAGCGUCGGUCUCAACAUCUUACACCUCUACUGGAGCCACUACUCUGGACCACCCUGCAAUGAUUACCUUGACUCAAAAUCUACCAGCCCGGUACAAGGUCUCCAAAUCUCCCAACCCUAUCCACGGCCGAUACAACGACAUUCUCUACGCCGUCGACACAGAUACCCAACAACCCAUUGUCAUCAAGUCAUUUGGACGGCGCGAGACCUGGGAGAGAGAAUGCAGGACGUUGCGGCGGUUGCGUGGACCUUGUGUGGUGGAGCUGAAGCACGUCGCUACAUUGGUGCUUUCAGAGCAGGACGAACCAAACUCACCGGCCAAGAUCCGCCUCACGGUUCUCGAGAGGUUGGACGAGACCCUUGCAGAGAUGCUUCAGAAUGCCAAGGCGGCCAAGAAGGUUGCUCUUCGCGAGAACGCGCAGGAGGAUGAGUUGGAAAAGGACCUUGACCUGGAGGGUGCUGGAUUCUACAGGACAAAACCUGCGCUGGACGAGGGUUAUAUCAAGGACAUUGCGAAGGGCGUCCUGCGGUGUCUGACGUGGUGUCAUUCCAAGAAGAUUGUGUACUGUGAUCUGAAGCCGACCAACAUUAUGCGGAAUCGGGAUGAUACGCGACAGCAGUGGAAGUUGAUCGACUUGGAGGCUUCGAGAGUUGCGGACGAGGAAUGUACGAGCGUGGGCACGGUCAGGUAUUGCCCGCCAGAAGUGGCGACUGGAGUUGAAGCCCCGAUGUUUGGAUCUACACAACCCACCGCUAAUGUCACGGCACGGUACAGCAUGGAUCUCUGGGCAUUCGGAUGCCUCCUCUAUGAACUGCACGCGACAAGAUCGCUGAUCCCAAUUUCGUCCACAAACGAGGCGGUACUCCACUUUUUGGCACACCCAUCCCCAGACACACCUGCACUAGCAAACGGCCUCCGAUGGGCCAAUUCUCAAGAACUCGACAUCCCUCACUUUGAACAGGCGGUGCCCAACAGCCAUGCCCGACAAUUGAUCCGUAUUCUUCUUCACCCCGACCCUCUCCGUCGUGCCACCAUGACCCAAGUAUUGAACUCGGACUUUCUCAACAAAACCUCUUCCUUCUCCUAA